GAUUUCCGACGCUUUAAAGCUCUUUAACAGUGAGAGAGAAAUAUCGAGAGAGUCAGAAACAUCCAGAAUCCAGAUCCGAUCCGAUCAUAUCAUCUUGUCCGUAAAAUCGACAAGAGAAUGGCUUCCACAACCUUCAGCGGCGAUGAAACGGCACCGUUCUUCGGCUUCCUCGGCGCCGCCGCGGCCCUCGUCUUCUCCUGUAUGGGAGCUGCGUACGGAACGGCGAAGAGUGGAGUAGGAGUGGCGUCGAUGGGAGUGAUGAGGCCGGAGCUUGUUAUGAAGUCGAUCGUGCCGGUGGUCAUGGCUGGAGUGUUGGGUAUUUACGGGCUUAUUAUCGCUGUUAUUAUCAGUACUGGUAUCAACCCUAAGGCGAAAUCGUAUUACCUGUUUGAUGGUUAUGCUCAUCUCUCAUCUGGUCUCGCUUGUGGCCUUGCUGGCCUCUCAGCUGGUAUGGCUAUUGGCAUUGUUGGUGAUGCUGGUGUUAGAGCCAAUGCUCAACAGCCAAAGCUUUUUGUUGGGAUGAUCCUCAUUCUCAUUUUUGCUGAAGCCCUUGCUCUGUAUGGUCUCAUUGUUGGCAUCAUUCUUUCCUCCCGAGCAGGUCAGUCAAGAGCUGACUAAAAGGCUAUGCUGGGUGGAUUCCUCGAAUGCUGCUUUUAAACAAGCUCUAUGUUCUGGUAUAAGAUUUUCUUUCGUUUUGGAAGUGUACUGCAGAUUCUUGUUUGUUGUGAUUGACGUCUACCGGAUAUUUAUGUGCCAAAGCUAGAAAUUAGAGUUAGCAAUUAGUUUCUCUUCUAAAUAAGUUUAAAAUUGCAUCCUUUUCCAAUUUUCAUGAGACCGGUCUGUAUUGAGAAUUCAAAUUAAUUUGGCCAAUAUUAUUUCUUGUAGCAUUAUGUUAGUUAUAUUCUUCAUAUUCUGUCUUUUGAUUGGUUGGCUGGCCAUAGAUGAAAUAUUGUUAUGCCAAUUAUGUUCCAUAUUCUCCAUUAUAAUUCCAAGUCAUGGUGGCUUGAUGAGAUUGAAUAUCUGAGUUCUGUAAAUGGAAGAAGACACAGACUCGAACAAUAAAAUAAUCUGGUGCUUGG